GGGGCCAAAGGUAAAGCCAGCCUGCCUAACUUCUUAGACCACAUCAUUGCUUCUGUGGUGGAAAAUAAGAAGACUUCUGAUGCUGCAAAACGAGCUAGUAAUUUAGCUGACACACAGAGAGAGGUGAAGGAAAUGGUAAUGGGCUUAAAUGUGCUGGAUCCACACACUUCCCACUCUUGGCUGUGUGAUGGUAGACUCCUUUGCCUUCAUGAUCCUAGCAACAAAAAUAACUGGAAGAUCUUCAGGGAGUGCUGGAAACAGGGCCAGCCCGUGCUGGUAUCUGGUGUCCAUAAGAAGUUGAAGUCAGAGCUUUGGAAACCAGAAGCUUUCAGCCUGGAAUUUGGAGAUCAAGAUGUAGAUUUGGUGAACUGCAGGAACUGUGCCAUAAUUUCAGACGUGAAAGUGCGUGACUUCUGGGAUGGCUUUGAGAUAAUAUCUAAACGGCUCAGGUCAGAUGAUGGUCAGCCAAUGGUACUAAAGUUAAAGGAUUGGCCUCCAGGGGAGGACUUCAGAGAUAUGAUGCCUACAAGGUUUGAGGACUUGAUGGAAAAUCUUCCUCUUCCUGAAUAUACCAAGAGGGAUGGCAGACUGAAUUUGGCUUCUAGGCUGCCAAGCUACUUUGUCCGUCCUGACUUGGGUCCCAAAAUGUACAAUGCCUAUGGCUUAAUUACUGCAGAAGACAGACGAGUUGGUACCACAAACCUGCACUUGGAUGUGUCUGAUGCUGUUAAUGUCAUGGUGUACGUUGGGAUUCCCAUUGGGGAAGGGACCCAUGAUGAUGAGGUUCUGAAAACAAUUGAUGAGGGAGAUGCUGAUGAUGUAACAAAGCAGCGAAUCCAUGAAGGAAGAGAGAAACCUGGAGCAUUGUGGCACAUCUAUGCUGCCAAGGAUGCUGAAAAGAUACGGGAACUUCUCCGGAAGGUUGGAGAAGAACAAGGCCAAGAAAAUCCCCCAGAUCAUGACCCCAUUCACGACCAAAGUUGGUACUUGGACCAGACCUUACGUAAGCGACUCUAUGAUGAGUAUGGUGUACAAGGCUGGGCGAUAGUGCAGUUCCUUGGAGAUGCUGUGUUCAUUCCUGCAGGUGCUCCCCAUCAGGUCCAUAAUUUGUACAGCUGCAUUAAAGUGGCAGAAGAUUUUGUAUCUCCAGAACAUGUGAAGCACUGCUUCCGUUUGACCCAGGAGUUCAGGCACCUGUCUAAUACUCAUACAAACCAUGAGGAUAAACUGCAGGUGAAGAACAUUAUCUACCAUGCAGUGAAAGAUGCUGUUGGCACACUGAAGGCUCAUGAAUCCAAACUAGCUAGAUCAUAGGAAUUGCUAAUUCCAAAUGCCCUGUGACGUAAGCCUUUUGCUCACAUUAUGUACAGGGAUUGCACAUGACUGCCUCUGCAGGAGCAGGGGCUUCUCACUAAGAGCUGGUGUGGUCAGUAUUACACACACUCUUCAGCCACUGUUUUCUACGCUGCCUCAACACUGAAGGUCUAAUGGAAGGUCGCACUGUUACAUGCAGAAUCCCAGAUUCUAACGAAAGGUGCCAUGUCCCUUUCCCGUGGCCUUUUGCAAAUUGGAAGAACAUGGAAACCACUUGGUGUUCCUGCAUAUUAUGAUUAGAAAUGGUAUAAAGAGUGUGGAUGUUUUUUUUUUCCUCAUGCCUAGUUAGUCUCCAUGAAGUUAGAAGGAAUGUGCUGGAGGUGGGUUGUCCUGCUGCAGACUUAGUUGAUAGCUGCUGAAGGAGUGUGACCAACAGCAGCCCAACUCAGAAAUUUAAGCAAACUUCCCAUGCGAGAUACUGGCCAAGGAAAAGAAGAAAGCUAUUCUCUGCACUCCCCUUCUUGUAGCUGUUUCUCUAUACACUGUAGAGUUGCAGAAAUAAAGGGAGAACCCACUUUUUUUUCCCCAGGAGACUCCAGAAAUAGGAGAAUUGUGUAUUUAGUGAAAAACUAGGUUUGUAGUGAAACAGUUAAUAUUUCAUGAAAGUAGAUAUUUUUAGUAUUUUUGAAGUACCACAACUGUUCCUGGAUUUUCAAGGAAAGGCGCAUUACAUAUAGUCUUCCUUUCAAUAAAAUCAAGAAGUGAUUUUUAGAAAGCAGUCCAAAAUAGCACAAAAACAGCCAAAGGAGAGUGAAUAGAAAUUGACACCCCACCUCCCUUGCCCAUAUUCCUCACCCAUUUUCCUCCCUCUUCCUAUGCCACCCUGUUUCCUCAGAAGUAAAAAGGAGUAUAAACUCUGUUCUCAUGUGGAGAUGUUGUACAUCUCUCCCUGCACUGGUGACUGCAGGUAAUAGUUCACCCAAUACCAGUGCUAGCUGAAAACAUCUAUCCUUUCCAAAGUGAAGGAGAAGUUAAAUUUCAGUGUCAAUUUUGUCCAGAACUAUUUUAAGUAAAAUGUUCCUGCUUGAUAGAACUGUAUUCAGAAUUUACUAAUGUCAGCAUUGAUGCAAUGGAUUUCAUUGUCCGGGUACAUGGGGAAAUGUAUCUACCUUAUAUCCAGCUGUACUGUAGUGCCACCUGCAGGCCUGUUAAUAUGUUCACGGUUAUUUCAUUUUUUUAAAAAUAAAAGUCAUUUACUGUAACA